GGACCGCCGUGGAAACCGUGGGAAGGCGGUAUAAAACUGGCAUCAAGGGCUGUCACAAAAAUGCAAAUCCAAAAUAAUAUGUAAUGUCAAAAUCAAUGUCAGAGUGACUACUGACUCGUCAGUCAGACUGAAACUGAAAGAAAACCUUUUAGGCUGGUACAUCGUAUGGAAGUGCUGUCUGUCUAAAUUCCGAUUUGUUCGCGAGCUUCUUGGUGGUAUGUCGGAUACCCCUCCAGCUUCAGAGAUACGUCAGCCGAAACAAAGGAAAACGAGAAGGGAAUAAUAAAAUAAACCAUAUUUAUUCAACAGUCAUAUACCUAUAAUAUAGAAAUCAAAAUGAAUAUUCGCUGUGCUCGUCCUAGUGAUCUUAUGAACAUGCAGCAUUGCAACUUGUUAUGCUUGCCAGAGAACUACCAGAUGAAAUAUUAUUUCUAUCAUGGUUUAUCAUGGCCCCAGCUCAGUUAUGUGGCAGAAGACGAAAAAGGUCACAUAGUAGGCUAUGUAUUGGCAAAGAUGGAGGAGGAUGGUGAAGAUAAUCGCCAUGGACACAUUACUUCCCUUGCAGUCAAGAGAUCCCAUCGGCGACUUGGGCUUGCUCAAAAGCUGAUGAAUCAAGCUUCAUUGGCUAUGGUGGAGUGUUUUCAAGCCAAAUAUGUAUCACUGCAUGUUAGAAAAAGCAACAGAGCUGCGCUUAAUUUGUACACAAACUCACUCGGUUUCAAGAUCUUAGAAAUUGAACCAAAAUACUAUGCAGAUGGUGAAGAUGCCUACUCUAUGAUGAGAGACCUCAGCACUUUUGCGGCUGAUAGUAAGACAGACACCCCAGCUGACAAUUUAGAAAUCAAGUCUGAAUCUGCUAUUGUGUCACAGUGUUGAAGUGAUUAUUGAGCAUAUUUUAAGGCAAUAAAGAUUUAUAUUUA